AUGUAUAAAACUUCACUCGAUUGGUGUUACCAAACUGUUCCUCAGAAAGGAUGUAACAAUCGUACCAUGGCUGUUCCACGAGGUCGUCUACUUGGUGGAUGUAGUGCAAUCAAUGAUACAUUCGUUACUCGUGGCACCAAAGCAGAUUAUGAUCGAAUUGCUGACAUGGGAAAUCCAGGAUGGAGUUGGAAAGAAAUGCUGCCAUUCUUUAAAGCAUCCGAAACAUUUCAUUCAACUGAAUGGCAUCAAGCAGACUUGGAUAUACACGGAACUGAUGGACCUUUACACAUCUCGAUGACUCUUCUCGCACCCAUAUCUGAAAAAAUUCUCGAAUCAUUUAUCGAUAAUGGUUUUGAUUACAAACCAGAUAUGUUUGUGCAAGGAGACUACGAAGGUAUUGGACAUAUUAGUCGUACAGUUUACAAUGGUAUCUGUACUACGAGUGCGGAUUUUAUUCAUAAAUACGAAAAAACAAAUCUUACAGUUCGAACAGAUGUAUUUGUGGAUCGUAUCAUUUUGGAAAAGAAUAAUGAGAAAGAAUGUCCAUACAAAGCAAUCGGUGUGGAAGCACAUGAUGAUACAAACGGUCAACCAAUAAUUAUUAAAGCGAGAAAAGAAAUUAUCUUAAGUGCUGGUGCUUAUAACUCUCCAAUGAUUUUGAUGCAUUCCGGUAUCGGUUGGGAAAAACAUCUUAACGAAGUGGGUAUCGAUUGUAAAGUUAAUUUACGUGGUGUUGGCGAAAAUCUUCAAGAUCAUUUAAUCGUUUAUACGUCCUAUCAAGUGAGCGAUCCGAGUCUCACACACGAUCGAUUUCUUUAUCAUCAUCCAGAUGCUAUAAGAUUAGCGAUCAAAGAAUGGCAGGAUACUAAGACAGGAGUAAUGGCAAGCGCUGCGGUCGGUGUUCUGGCCCUCACGCGAAUCGACAGGACAAUUCAAGAUCCUGUUUGGGAAGCUGCAAAAGCCAAACAGCAGAGCAAAAAUACAUCCAACUCUGAUCCAACUGGACAGUUGCCGAACCAGCCUCAUAUUGAGUUUAUCACUAAUCAAUCAUAUAUAAGUGCACCUGACCUUCUAGAUGCGGAUGGCCUUCCAUACAAUCCAAUCAAUGGUGAAGGCGUCUUUACUGUGAACACUUUUCUUUGUGGGCCACAAGCAAGGGGUACGGUACGACUAUUGUCGAAAGAUCCGACCAGCAAACCAAUAAUUGAUCAUGCUUAUCUUGAUAAUGAUCUAGAUGUUGCAGUACUUGCCGAGGGUUGUCGUUUGUGUCAUGAAAUCAUAACGAAAGGUCGAGGAACAAAAGAUAUUAUCGUUGGUGCUUGGCCGAAGAUAAUUUCGCAUCCAAAUGAUAUGAUCGGUUGGAAAGAGCAUGUACGAACAUUCUCAAGUAGCGGUUCUCAUCCAGCUGGAACAUGCAAAAUGGCACCUGAAAGUGAUCCUAUGGGAGUAGUUGACAGUCGUCUUCGUGUUAGGAAUGUGAAGGGAUUGCGAGUAGCAGAUAUAUCCAUUCUACCUAUUCUCAACAAUGGACAUCCGCAGAUACUUGCAUAUGCCAUUGGUGAAAAGGUGGCAUCUAUGAUUUUGCAAGACGUUGAUGUUUCAAAGUAA